UUAUAUCGAGAAUUACGAUGCAUGUCUAGUUAUACAGUCAAUGGUUAUACAGCAUAGGUGAACAGAAUCAAUAUCAGUAUCAGUUCUACGACCAUAACUGUGCUAAUAAGAAAAUGUCGAAGUUAUUGAAGAUAAAGCAAUUUAGACAUAUUUUUACACGAAAUCUAUCAGAAUAUGUAAAAACAGUGGAGCAACAACUACAUCCUCCUACAGAAAGUAAUUUUAAAUCAUUUAAGUUUGUCACUUAUUUUGUGUGUAUUCCGUUAUGGUUAAUUUCAAUGGUUUAUUGUUAUAAGAAAGAGCAAGAAGCACAUCAUGAAAAACCUCCAGAAUUUAUUCAUUAUCCAUAUAUGAAAAUAUUGAACAAGGUAAGAAAAAUAAAAAACAAAGAAUCAGCACGUAUAUAAUAUAAUAUAAUGCAAUUAUUUUUUAUAUAGCCUUUUCCAUGGGGAGAUGGUAAACAUUCACUCUUUCAUAAUCCUAAAAGAAAUUAUAUAGUUGGUGUUGGCUAUGAAGAACCUGUUGAAUAAAAUCAAUAUAAAUAUAUAUAUAUAUAUAUAUAUAUAUACAUAUAUAUAUACACACACAUAUGUAUGUAGUUUACAUUAAUGUUUAAUUUAUAUUGCUUGAGAUGCAAUAAAAUAAAUAAAUAGAAUAUUUUAGUCAGUGUUUUAUAUUCUCAACUAUUAAAAAUUCAGAAGAGACAUUUGAUAAAUUUAUUUUCUUACAUUUAAGUAUAAUAAAUUUUUUUUUCAUAUUUAAUAAAAUACUUAAUAAUUUUUUUACAUUUAAAUACAAUAAAAUUUUUUUCAUAUUACAUAAAAAAAUAUAAAUACAUUAACAUUUUUAUAUUAUAACAAAAAUAUAUUAACAAUCAAUGAUAAAUACUGUUUAACAUAACAGAGUCAUAAUUGAAGUACUUUUAAUUGCAGGAAAUAAAUAAAAUAAUAAAGUAAGUAAUAGUAAACUUUAGUUAUGAACAUACAUUUCUUUCUACAAGUAAACAAUCUUUAUAAUGAUCUUCCCAAUGUAGUUCAAAACAUAGUUUAGAACAAUAUUUAGCUUCUAAACAAAUUGAACAUGCUACAGUACUUGGUCUACCACAAAAUAAACAUACUUUCAUUUCUUCCUCUUCAAUAUUUCCUUCUGUAGUAUUUGAAAGACCAUUAUUAGAUUCAUCCAUUUUUAAAAAUGCUUCCAUUGAUAUGCUUCUAACAUCUUUAAUAUGAGAUAUAAUAGGUUUUUUUACUAAAGUAUUCUGUAAUUGUUCAUUAUUAAGGUAUUUAAUGUCAUUCUUUAGAGAUUUAGAUGAAGACACUCCUAAUAUAUCACUAGUAUUUUCUAAUGAUAUACUGUUAAUAUGAAGUUUCUCUUGUUGAUGUUCUUCAUAUUCUUUAAGUUCCUCUCUCGUUAAUUUAGUUUCUCCACUAGCAGUAUUAAUAACAGUUACUUGAUCAUUUGCAGAAGAAAUUUCUACAGUAACUAAAUGUGGAUUUAACUGCUGCAGAGUGUCUUUAUUAAAUAAUUUCAUAUCUGAUAACAGCAACUUUUCAUUAACUAUUUGUGGAAUAUUUUCAAUUUUUUCCAAUUCAUUUAAAUUUUGUUCUUUAGUGUUUGAAUUGUAUGUAUCUUUAGAAAUAUUUUGUUCCUUUUCUAUUUCUAUCAUGUUACAUACAUCAAUGUUAUCUGAUGAUGUUUGAUAAUUCUGUACAUUUAAUUUAAUCAAGGAAUUAUCUGUCUGUAACAAAGUAUCCUUAAAUAUUGUAUUGUUUUGUAUCUUUUUCUUAUCUAACAUAUUUAACUGUUCCAGAUAUGAAAGUUUUUUAUUUUGUGAAUUAUUAUUUGUUUUAUGUUCUUUUUCAUAUUGGUUUUGUGUUUUAACAUUUAAAUUGUUUUGAUCAUUUGGGCAAUUCUGUUUAAUACUCAUUAUUUUAUUCUGUUCUUGAUUAGUUUUAGAUGCUUCAAUUUGAUAACAAAUUUUUUCAUUUUCCUUUGCUAUAAUUUGUACUAUUUUUGGAGCAUUAGUGUUAAUGUUUGCCAGUAUAUUUGUUUCAGAUUUAUCUGACAAAAGAAUAUGCUUUUCUAUCACAUGUUUUAAAGUAGUCUGAAAAUGAUAUAGUAGAAAUCUUUCUGAAUGAAUUUUUUGCCACUGUUCUGAUGUAUACCAUUGUUUCAAAUGUGUGGUGCAACUAAAAUAGAAGUUUAUUUGUUCAAAUAGUGUAUGUUUUUGGAUAUCAGAAAUAUAUUUCAAUGCAUUGAGUAGUCUCAUUGUUGAAUUUAAUAGAACUUCUAAAUUUUCUUUCUUUAAUUGUUUGGGUUUAUGUAAGUAAAUGUUCUGUGAUUGUUCAGGCAUAUAAUUUUGUGAUACCUUUCUUUUUGCUCUUUGUUGUUUGGGUUUUACAGGUUGUGUAUUUUUUAAUACAGAAUGUGGUACAUUCAUUGUCACUAUAGUUUGUACAGGUUGUGGUAUGUGACAGUUUGAUAGUACAGGUUGUGGUAUGUGACAGUUUGAUAGUACAGGUUGUGAUAUAUUACAAUUUGGUAGUAUAGGUUGUAAAACAGAUUUUUGAUAUACUGUAUUUUGAAUUAUAGGCUGAGUCAUGGUAGGUAUAGUUAGAUUUUGCACAGUUACACAUGUUACAUCCCUAUUUUGUUGUAUGGAAUAAUUUUGUAUAUUUACAUUGUGAAAUGUAUUUGUUGGUACAAAAUAAGUUGGUUGAAUAUAUCGUUGGUUGAUAAAUGGUUUAUUUGUGAUUGGUGCAGAAACUUGUCCACUUUCUAGUUGAUUAAUUCCAUGAAAUGGAAAUGAAGCGUAUUGCACAGGAAAGUUUUGUCUAACAUGCAUGUUUGUUAUUGGUUUCUGUUUAUCAAUAUGAACAUUUGAAAUUUUUUGUUGACAACAAUUUCUAUGUGUUUGUAUCUUGUAGUUAUAUUGCUGUAUCUUGUCAUUAUUGUUAUUAUUAGUAAAAAUAAUAGGAUUCACUGCAACAUUGUUUUGAAAAACAUUAUUUUGUGAAGAUGAAACUAUUUUCUCUUUAAAAUUUUGAUGAGUUGGUUUUGUAGUAAUAUUUGUACAUAUUUGACUUUUCUGAGUAGAAAGUAAAUAUUGUAACCUAGAUUGCAUAGAAGAUGCCCAUAUAUUCUGUUCAUUACAAUGCUUGUCUUGAUUUGGUACUGUUUCAGUCGAAACAACUACGGUGUUGGUUGGCAUUAUGGUUUGACAUUCAUUUACAUUAAUUUUACGCGUAUUUAAAGAAGAAGCAUAAUAAGACUUAACUGAUGAUGUGUAAUGGAACAAUUCUUCUAUUGAUAAUAAUGGAUUUACUAACAUUUGUGUAUUAAAUAUAGCUAUAACUCCUUCUACUAGAUCAACAUAAUCUUCAGUAUUCAAUAUUUUUCUUAAAUUUUCGAAUUCUAUAAAUAAUAAUCUAUCAUAAUUUAAAUUAGUAAGUGAAGAUAGCCGUAUUUUUUGAAUUAAAUUACGUAUCUUCACACAACUAACAUACACAGAGUCUACAAAUUUUAAAUCUGUAUUACUUUUUUUUAUAUUCUCAGAAACUGUUGUAGAUGCAGAUGCAGUAAUUAGAGGUGUCGUAUCAGAAACUGUUUGAAUUACUGUAACUGUAUGUGAAGAUUGAGGAACAGUAGGAACACUAUUUAUAGGUGUAGGACACCAUCUGGAUCCCAGUUCUGCACUAGAUAAAACUCUUAAUUUACCUUGAACUACUUUAUUAAACUGAGUAUCUUUUUUUUCUGAAAUAUUCAAUUCCAGUUUUUCCACUGCUAAUUCACUCUCAUUAUUUAGCACAUUACAUAUGUUAUUUGUAGAAAUAUUAUCAUUUUUAUUUGUAUUAGAAGAUGAUUGUAUUUUGUUUAAAUCUAUAUUGUUAUUUUCUUCAAUGCAGUUUAACAAUUUUUCUGUAACAGUUUGAUUACAAUUUUCUUGUACUUUUAAUAAUUCUUUCAAAUUUAAAUUUUCAUUAUCAUUUCUGUCUAUAACUUUUUCAGCAGUUUCUUGAAUACUAAGGACAUUUCCAUUUGAUGUAAUCUGACAAGUUUCUUCAAAAUUCAUGUGAAGAAGUUCAUUAAAAUCUUUCAUAUUUAAAUUACAUGUUUCAAAUUCUGAAAAAUUUUUACUUAUAGUAUUAUGAUCUAAGAUACAAGUUUUUGAAAUAUCAGAAGAUAAUGUAUUAUCUAUCAUUAUUUUUGUUUUUAUUUCUGCUAUAGAGAUUCUAUCUUCUGAUUGCUCUGUUACUUGAGAUGUAUCUGUGA